CAACAACUACGUAGAAGCGUGGGGUCUAUACAAGGCCUUCACGUUAGCUCAAAGGCCGCACGCAGAAGGCUACCCGAUUGUUGACCCAGUGCGCGAGACUAAACGAACGCUCAUGGAGACAGACAUCUACGACCAGGCCGGGGGCGAAUUGAAGCUCCCGGAACUACAAUUCAUUGACGUCCUCAUUGCGCGUAAGGUUGCAGCCCUGAAGGCGCUCGACCUUGGCACGCUUCCACGAAGCGACUACAUUAUGUACCUGUCACUCCCGUACAUUCCAGUUCCGGGAAAUCGCGGUGGCGACCGCUACUGGCGCCGCGUGCGAGUCUCGGGUGGUCUUCCACUAGCAGUGUUCGCCGACAAGAUCAUAACUCCCCUAUUUGGUUGGGUCCGAAACUCGCACGCCCACCUUUUCACCGACUUCAAGGAUGGUGCGCUCUUCGGUCCAAGGAACUGCAACACUGUCGAUAUGCGGACGCACCUCAAUAAAUCCGGACGGGCAUUCAUUCCCGAGGAGGAGUACCGCAUCUCGCACAUCCUCCAACACGCUGGAGACGUGAUGGGCUACCACUAUGACCUUGGCGACAACUGGUGGGUGGACAUCAAGCUCGAAGAGGUCAUUCCCGCCGUCGACAGCACCAACGCGUUCGAGCUGAUCAGCGGCGCUGGCGGUGCCCUGCCCGAGGACGGCGCGGAGCACUUCGGCAACAUCUGCUGGGCCCAUUUCCUUCGCUCCGCGGCCGCGUGUUUGAGCGGAAAGAUUAAAGCCGUCAACCGCAUAUUCACGGCCACGAACCACGCGGGCAAGCCUCGACCAGCGCGCCCUGCAGAUUACGACUUCGACCAUUUCGACUUCCCGGGGACUCGCGCGGCGGUGCGUGCGGCGCUCGAUAGUAAGGCUAGUCUGUCGUGGGGAAGCAAGACGGCCGUGCAUCCGCUUGGUAAGACCAAGGGCCGGGACCUUGUACGCAAGGAGCAUCAGGCGAUGCGUCUAGGGAUACACCCCAACGACCUGAAGAAGGGCACGAAGGUCCGGCACACGAGAGCGAACACAAAGGGCGCAUUCAUCGAAGAAGGGGUAGCGAACAGGCGGGUAGACAACCCCAAGAAUACGACGUGUGCGUGGUGUGGAAACCCGCAUGACCUUAAGAUUUGCACGGGGUGUAGGCAGAGAUACUACUGCAAGAAAGCAUGCCAUUCGGUACGUUGCUCCACGACACACGUUCAACGUAGCUCACUUUCCCGGACACAGGCGCACGGACGACGUGGACAUCGUGACGUAUGCCGUUAG